UAAACCUCGCUCAUUCUCACCUCCCCCACCCCUCCACUCGCUUUGUCACUCAAAUCUACUAUACGUUUAUUUUCUUUGCGAUGAGCGAUGUGGAGGCAGAUAGAAGCAGCAACUUCGUUCUAGUGACUAGGAAGGGCGGCUUUGGCCUUCCCACGGCUUGCCCUUCUUGCCUUCCCGUGUAUCUCUAUCUCCGAUUCGCGAACAUCGCCUUCAAUCUACUCUACGACGUCACGAACCCUGAUUCUGAUCAUAUUCCAUAUUUUGAGUAUGGAUAUUAUGUUGCAUUUAACAAUGAAAAGGGAGGGGUUAUUGAAACUCUAAAGCAAGAAGGUAUUGCUGAUUUGGACCCCAAAGCCCCAAAUACCUACUUCUCUGAAUGGUUGUCUACAAAAGCAUUGAUCAACACAUGGCUUGCCACAGCAAUAGAAUAUGAAAUCUGGGUGGCUUCGGAUAGUAGUAAUGCCUGUAAAAUAUAUUUCUCUGAUCUACCAUGGCUACUUGCGAAGGUUCUUUAUAAGAAACAGAGUCAAGAUGUGAAAAGACGACUUGGGAUAACAGAUGCCAAUGCUUCUGAAAGAGAGGAAGAGAUAUAUAGAAAUGCUACAUUAGCAUAUGUUGCUUCAUCCUUGAGAUUGGGGGAUCAAUCAUUUUUCUUUGAGGACAGGCCUACGAGUGUCGAUGCUCUAUUCCUUGGACAUGCCCUUUUUGUGCUACAUGUUUUGCCUGAUACAUCAGUACUGAGAAUCGAUUUCUUGAAGCAUGAUAACCUAGUUAAAUAUGCUGAAAAUCUUAAGAGGCAGUAUUUGGAUGGGGAGCUUCCAGCUACUUCUAUUCCAAGGUCUCAUUUUGAUGCUUCAACAUCAAAAUCAAACUCAAGAAGAAAAGCUUCACAUUGGAGUUCGAAACCCAAACCAAAAGCCAAGAGAGAGAAGACUGAAGAGGAGAAGAAACUUCGGAGAAGAGCGAAGUACUUCCUUGCAGCUCAAGCGAUUGCUGUGGUUGUGUUCCUAUCAUUCUUUGGAGGGGUUGAAAGAGCUGAAUUGCAAGAUGGUGAUGAGGAUGGAUUUGCUUACGAUGAUUAGGCUUUUUACCUAAAAAUAUUUUACAUUUAUGAUUUAGCUUUUUGAUCCAUUUUUAGAGUUUUACGUAGGGUUUAUAUUUGAUUCAAAUAUCUACAAAUUUUUCUUUGAAUUUUAUUACUUUAUAAGCGGGCAGUGUUUGAUUUCCAUUUUUCUGUUGAAUU